AUGAUUUUUCAAAUUGUUAGAACGUUUUUUGAGCGAAAAAGGUUUGACCGAAGUUUUUAGUCAUAAUUUUUCACUUCUUUCUCUUUAUUAGAUUCUCUUUAUGUUGGCUUGCAAUGAUGCCAAUGUAGUCAAAUUUUUCAUUUUAUUUUAAUUGAAAUUUCAAGAAAUAAAUAUUAGUUCAUUUUUGAUGAACCUUUCACAAUUUAUACUUAAAACUCAAAUUCGAUUUCCGAAAUCUUCGAAUAAUAUGUUUCAGUCAAAAAAUGGUCAGCCUCGCGCCAGACGGGAAGCCAAAAGGAAGCCGUGUCCUGGCAAACGGAUGGUUGGUUUCAAAUUUUUUGCACUUUCAUAUUUUUCUACUUCUCUAAUAUUCCUAAAGACAGCGUGAAAUGCUCGAAACUGGACGGUUGCGCUAAUUUUAAGCGAUUGCACUUGCAUUUUGAUUUUUCAAAAUGACCUCCGACCUUGAGAAUUUUUCACAUAGCUUUAGGAUGCCUUCUGCGCAAGUAGUUAACAAUCGGGCGCAAAUGAUGAAAAUUAAAGUUAACCGCUUUGCAACCGCGACGCUUCAAAUUUUUCAUGAUGAAAGGGGUUUUACCUUAUUUCAGUUAUGACCUAUUCCACUUCAAUCAUGCUCUUUUUCUCCGACAAUCGAAACUUUAUGGCAAAAAACUCAUUGUCGGUGUUUUCAAUGAUGAAGAGGUAUAACUUGAAUGUUUAUUUUUUCUCAAACAUUUUUCUUUUUAGGUUGAGACUCAUAAAGGCUAUCCAGUUUUUACCGAAGAAGAGCGAUGCACUUUAACUCAAGCUGUCAAGUGGGUCGAUGAUGUGAGGAAUAUGAAUUUCUUGAUUUUUGAAGAUAAUUUGUCUUUCUAAGGUUGUCUGUGAUGCUCCAUACAAAACGACGGGCCCGUCUUUGAACCAACACGAUUGUGAUUUUUGCGUUUGCGGACGUGGGUUGAUCUUGUUUGAAUGAUUCUCCGAAUAUUUUACAUUCUUGAAAAGAUAUUUUAGAACUUUGCUUUGGCAUUUCCACUUAUCUUGAAAUACACGAAUUCAUCGAUUUUCAUGCCAGUUUGGAGACAUAUUUGAAUUGCUGAAACUUUGACUUGAUUUUGGCUUGGAUAGAGAUAAUAUUAAAACUGGGAAAAACGGUUUUGCACAGAAUUUUAGCUUAAAUUGUGCAAAUCUUUUCGUAAAAGCAGGAAAAGUAAAUUAAAGAAGCAUUAGUUCGAUUUUUUUCUAUUUUCCUAUUUCUUUAAGCCUUUUUUAUGGAAAAAAUAUUCUUCUCUCUUUAAAAUUGUUUUUAAGGACUUUUUCAGAAAGCCUCGUUUCAACUUUCGAAGGAAAAGACAGUUACGAAGAAGUGAAACGAAGCGGCCGAUUCCGUCAAUUGGGACGCUAUCCUGGAAUUUCAACACUGGUUUCUUUUUUUGUUUCCGAAUUCGGCCAUUCGUCAUCGCUUGCCUGAAUAUGCGCCUCAAUUUCUUCGAUAAAAAAAGAAAAAAAGAAAUUUUAUAGGAUGUUGUCGGCCGUGUUCUUUCGAACCAUCGAAGCACUUCGAUCAACCGGAUAGAAGAUUUUGAGAAAAAGGCAUUGGAACUGUCGACGGUACUGCUUUUGGAAUUUUUAACAAGUUUGGAGAUCAUAAAUUGUCUUUCAAAAAUCUUCAAUAACUAACUUGAAGCACCUUUUAUACCUUAAAUUAGCUCUUUUUUAAUUUUCCGGAAGCUCUUUUUCCCUUUUGCCCUUCUUAUGUGUUGAUAACGAAAUCCGACUUUUCAAUCAUAUUUUUUUCAAAGAAAAACUUCAGAUUGUGGUUUAUAAAAUACGGAGAAAUUUCAAGUCUGCAAAAAGGAAACUUUUCUAAAAUAGGAAGCGGAACAUUUCCUUCAAAUGUCUUUUUUUCGCCCUAUAACUGCGUCAAAGUCUGAAAUCUUUUCAAGGUUGUCUAAAAUUAGAAAUAGAAUAUGUAUUUGCAGGAUAAAAGUGGUUUGUCGCCCUGGACACUCGUUAUUCGGUUUAAUGCGACGGCACAAGCUUUCGAGGAAGUCGUACCUGGGAGAACACCUGCACUAACAGAUAAAGUGAUCUUUUGUGAUCGGAAGGGGGAAAUAUUUUCAAAGUUCAUUUAUUGUCCAUUUCAUUCACAUAAUCUUUUGAAAAAUGUGAAUGAACUACAAAAAUUGGAAAAGUUCAAAAUCUCUUUUUCAAUCACUUCAUUACGCAAUAUGAGGAUGGUUUGGUGAUGUUGCAGGAUAGAGUAACUAACCACACCUGUUAAAAAGAAAAUUUUUAAGUAAGAGAAGAAACAUAAAACCAUAAUAAGUUGAUAUUUAAACCAAGUUGAUUAUGGCUCAAAUCUGGUAACAUUUGAAAGAAUAUGCUCGACAUAAUUUUCUCCAAUUUGAAUGGUUAAUUAAUGGACCUUUGUGAAAAAUGUCUUUGAGGUCUCCUCAAGUCAGACCACAAAAAGACCCAUUUCUACGAUUCAGUUGAUUUAUGAAAAUUUGACAAUCUUGAAUUUUUUUUUCCACUCUUGAAUGCAUCCGAAGCUUCAUUACUUGAUUGAAAGACCAAUAUUGGCAAACAUUUUUUUGAAAAACAGAAUCAGAAAACCUCAUUGUAGAUGUCUACAGAGAUUUUAUCAAUCCUUUACCGUCGUUUUCAAAACUUGAAAGUUACAGUAAGCUGUCGAGAACAAACUAUACCCUUCCAUUGAAAAAAAUCAACAGAAUUUUCUGAGAAAACAGAAUUUUCCUAAUUAUUUUCUCUUGUUUAGGUUGUUUACGUAUGUGGUGGCUUCGACGUUUUCAAUAUCGGCCAUCUCUCGUUUUUGGAAGCUGCCAAGGAUUACGGACAUUACCUCAUCGUAGGAGUGUACAGCGAUGAUGUUAUCUUUGAUCCAUUCUAUCUGAAAAAAGCCGAGUAUUUUUAGACAAUUAGCGGUUAUGGAGGCACCAACGGGUCCAUUUUGUCGUUGCAAGAACGAGUUCUGAACUUGCUGCCUUAUAAGGUUCGAGAGUUGAAAAUAAGAGAAAAUUAUAACUUUUGAUCCUAGAUUGUUGACGCCGUAAUUAUCGCACCACCAUUCAAAAUAAGCCAAGAGAUGAUUAACCGCUUCAGAAUCCAAGUUUUAAAAAGCUUCAAUUUUAUGAGGAAAAUAUUUUUCAGGUCGUGGUCGAUGGAAAAUACCCGGCGAAAAACUAUUCGAUAGAUCCUUUUGAAGUCCCGAAAAAGAAAGGUUUAAAGUUAAGAAAUCAAUCCUCGGGCUUUGAAACAUUAUGGUUGGUAGAAAGAAUUUCCAUGCGAGGAAUUUCUUUUCUUCAGAACUUAACUGGAAGUGGGUGCGCGAAAAUCUUCAACGUAAAAAUCAGGAAAAAUGAAAAAAAUCCGCUUCCUUGUGAUUUUUCCUGAUAAAAAAGAACGAAGAGGUCGAAAAAAGGUUCUAUUUUACUCCUUGACAUUUCACGCGCAUAAAAUUUGGUGUUCAAUAUCAAAAUUCCUCUCGAGACCAUAAUGUUUUAAAUCAAGAGGAAUCCAUUAAAAAAAAUAAAGAAAAAUUCAGGAAUUCACGUGGAAGUUGAAACCGAAUCCGACGUCACCACUGAGAAAGUAGUCCAGAGAAUAAAAACAAACAGGUUCGAUCCUCAGAAAACCUCUCAAGUGAUCAAGAAUGAACUUCAGGUCGGACUGGGAGCGUCGAAAUAAGAUUAUGAAGGAUUGA